AUGUUAGUCUUAAUCAUCAAAAUAGUGGCAAACCUUAUAAUCUAUGCGAUCGUCGGCUCUAUUGUCGGUCCACUUGUGGUCUGUUUGUGGCGAAGAUAUGCGGCGCCCAAGAAGUCGGAACCGAUGAGAGGACGUCCAUUGGAUGCGAGCCUACCGUCCGGCGCGUGGGUUAACGUCAACCAUCAGCGCUCGGCCGAAGACAAACGCCGACAGAUUGUCGACAGAUCGGCAAAUAUGGCGCAACUCUUCGCCCGUAUUGUCGGCCAGUAUUCGCGGAACCGAUGCUUUGGUUAUCGACCUCUUUUGGCCGAAGACCACGAGAUACAGCCGGACGGACACGUGUUACGCAAGUUUACAUUAAGCGAUUACCAGUGGCUCACGUAUGAAGAGGUGAACAGUCGUAUGGCUGGUGUGGCCGCCGGUCUGCGGGCCAUUGGCGUCAAGCGUCGGGACGUUGUCUGCAUUUACGCCGACACGAGACUGGAGUGGAUGGUCACGUGUCAGGCGGUGUGGCGUUUGGGUGCAGUCGUGGUUACCGUUUACACCAAUCUCGGCGACGACGGCGUCCUUCAUGUCGUCAAUCAAACAGAAGCCACUCAUUUGGUUACGAGUGACGAGUUUUUGGCCAAAUUGGCCCCAAUUGUGGACAAAAUGCCGACAAUUAAACACAUAAUACAUAUGAACUCAGGGAUAACUGAUCCGCUGGAAGUGGUCAACGAUCUGUUUACCGAUACUCAAAGACAAUCGAUUGAAUUUCACUCAUUUCAACGCAUUGAACAAAUGGGCAAUGAAUUGACUGAACAAUCGGCUGAAUCGGUGGCCACUGACGAGUCGAUUGGCGGCGACGAGACAGCGCUACUCAUGUAUACGUCCGGCUCGACGGGUGUUCCCAAAGGUGUGAUGAUAUCGCAUAAGAACCUGUUGUUCGCUGUCCGCGCCUUUUACGCCUUCGCCGACGCCCUCACACCCGGCGAAGACAUUUACGCCGCUUUCCUUCCGUUAGCCCAUUGUCUGGAAAUAUGCGCCGAAAUCUCGUUUCUGUCGGUCGGAGUGCCCGUCGGCUACUGCUCUGUCCACACACUCACCGACCGAUCGCUGGGCCUUCAGAAGGGAAUGAGAGGAGACUUAACUCUACUGCGACCGACAGUGAUGGCAGCGGUUCCGCUCAUUUUGGACCGCAUUAUGAAAGCAAUCACCGAUGAGGUCGACAAACGACCGCUAAUAUUGCGACUCAUAAUUAACGCUAUACUGAAAUACAAGAGUUUCUGCGCCGCAAACGGAUUGAACACUCCGUUAAUCAAUCACUUUGUUUGCCGUAAAUUCGCGGCCCUUAUGGGCGGUCGGCUUCGGUUCAUAGCCAGCGGUGGUGCGCCUCUCAGACCAGAAACUCAUCGAUUUAUAUGUAACUUAUUUAACGUUAAAGUAUUACAGGGCUACGGUUUGACUGAGACGACCGCAGCGGCCACUAUCAUGACAUUGGAUGACGAGAGUGUGGGCCGAGUGGGGCCACCGAUGGACGGGGCGCUCAUCAAAAUAGAUUUAGUCGAUUGGACUGAAGCCAGUGAUACUGUGGGCGAGAGUCCAGUGGCGAGAGGAGAGUUGCUGAUUGGCGGCGGAUGUGUGACCAACGGCUACUUCAAAGACCCCGAACUAACCGAACAGUACUUUAGAGUGGACGACGGGGUGAAGUGGUUCCGCACGGGUGAUAUCGGCGAACUGUAUGCCAACGGCACGAUCCGCAUCGUCGACAGGAUUAAGGAUAUCAUUAAGUUAUCUCAUGGAGAAUACGUCUCAUUAUCUCAAGUUGAGGAAAAACUGAAAUUAAUGCCAAUUGUGGCCAAUGUUUGCGUUUACGGCAAUUCACUCAACGAUGGCUUAAACGCGCUGAUUGUUCCCAAUCGUAACCAAUUGGAAGCGUUGGCUCGACGUGUGUCAAAGUCUUCGCAGAUGGAUAUCAAACAACUUUGCGAUGAUUUGGAUAUCAAUGGAAAGGUUUUGGUGGAGUUGAAGGAGUUUUGCGUGAACUCCGGUUUAACUAAAGUACAAAUUCCAACAAAAAUCAAAUUAUGCGCUGAAGAAUGGCUUCCAGACAACGGUUUGGUCACCUCUUCGUUCAAAUUGAAACGAAAGGCAUUACAAGAAUACUAUAAUAAUGACAUCAAACCAUUCGGCGCGACGGGUCAGACGAGCCCAGCGACGGGCGGCGGCGGCGGUGCUGGUGGUGGCGGUGGGGUCACAACGGACGGCGGGCCACAGAUCGCGUCGACACAUCCGCCUACGGGAGAGCCCUUUGAUUUUUGCACUGUAGUGCCGGAGAAGUUUGUGACGAACAUCUCGCGGGUGUUUACGAUGGAUGACUACAUACUCGCGGGGGACGGACUCCACUUCUACACUAUCAAAACCAAUACUUCAGGCCCCGACUGGAAGUACUAUUAUUUAAAUAACGCCAGCUCUUUUAUCCCCGAAGCGGAUCAAUUCACCGACAUCACGGGUGCGCUGUAUUUUGGUCAGCAAUGCAAACAAGGGGGCGGACAGGACUGCAGCUUUAUGGGCGCCGCCAACUACAAGGCUCUGAUGGUGGGUCAAGACAACCCUGUAGGGUCGACACCACCCAAGUUUGCCUACCAGGCCUAUAAUGUGGCCGUCGUAGCGGAUCCCGAUUUCGUGCACGAUGUGCAUAAAGAUCCGUUCGUCGCCGUCAAGGAUGACAGCCAAAUGCCGUGGGGAUUGCCCGCCAAGAGUCCCAUUUCUGGCACCAGUAAGUUCUUCCCCAUUGGCGCCGACUUCUCGUAUUUGGGCGCCGCGUACGACCCGACCCAACAGGUGGUCUUCGUGUUGACUUAUCACGACAUUUUGAGUAAUAGUCUGAUCAAGACUAUGCUUAGUUGGGUGCCGUAUAUCGGCAAAUACUUCAGUCAGACACUCAUUCACUUUUGGAAACUCGACGGCAAAGGCGAGGCUCACUACCAGUCGGCGCCCGCGGCCCGCGGCUAUACAGCGCUGGUAUCCAAAAGUGGCAAUUUGUUCGCUCUCGAGCGGGGAAAGUGGUAUUUGUUGGAUAUCUUUGAACAGAAGGCUCCUAUACCCGAAAAGGGAACGUACGAAGCGUUCGAGUUUUACAACUGUUACAAAAACUCCACUUUUAAGCUCGAUAAGCCUAUUCUGCCCGUCAAACCCAUCCCCAGUGCAUCGGCCGGCGCUCACGCUAGCAAUACGAGCGGCAAUAGCAGCGAAACAGUGGCCCCUCUCUCCCCAGACAUCACGUCUCCUGCAUCGUCUGAUUCGUCAACCGCUGAGUCCAAAAAGGAGGAGAAAUCGUCGCCAAUGAUCAUCAUUUUGAUUAUAGUGAUAGUGAUUGUGAUAAUCAUUGUUAUUAUUUGUUGCCUCUUCUGCUGUAUGAAAGGAAAGGGAAAGGACGACGAGAAGGCCGAAGAGGCCAAACCGGGUUCACCGAAGGCCGGCUCCAAAGUGGGAUCGAAAGUCGGCUCAACGACCGGAGGAGCGAAAGCGGCGUCGACUACGGGAGCGGCGAAGUCAUCGACUGGCGGUGCGGGC